CUCCCCUUGUUUUUUUUUGUAUUGAUUUACAAAAGCAAAAAAUAAUAAUAAAGUAACUCGCUCGUCAUGGUCAUUCUGAGAACUGCAUGGAGAAGUUUUGCGGCCAACAAGAGUGUGACCGAGACAUUCUGUCAAAAGGCCGGUCACUGUAACAGUAUUCACGUCUCACCAACUAACACCCAGUGGUUCCAAAGUGCAGUCAAAGCAAAUGGAUCUGUUUUUGGUGCAAUUCCUUCAAUCUGUGGCCAAAAGCGAGGAUUUCAUGCUUCAGUUCCCAGUCGAUCUUCCAAGAAGGAUCCCUAUGAGCAGCUAGGCGUUGGAAAGACAGCUUCCCAAUCUGAUAUCAAAAAAGCUUAUUAUGCGGCAAGUAUAAUUGAAAUUCAUCUAAAUGCAUUAUGUAUAUCUAUAUUGUACAAUCUUAGUCUAGAACUCGCCAAAAAAUACCAUCCUGACACCAACAAGGAUAAAGAUGCACGUGAAAAGUUUGUUCAGAUCCAGGAAGCCUAUGAGAUCCUUUCCGAUGAACAGAAACGUCAGCAGUAUGAUCAAUUUGGUCAUGGUUUUGAAGGGGCUGGAGGUUCAGGUGGCUUCCACGGUGGUGGAGGAGGUUUCCCAGGUGGUUUUGAUCCCAAUGACAUCUUUAGUCAGUUCUUUGGCGGUGGUCGCGGAGGAGGCGGUCGCGGAGGCAAUGAUCCUUUCCGUAAUGCACCUGGUGAUGAUAUUCAGGUUCCCCUGACAUUGUCGUUCAUGGAAGCCGUCAAGGGUACGACCAAGUUCGUAAAUGUGGAUAAGGUAGUCAACUGCUCGACCUGCAAGGGCAGCGGCAUGAAAGCUGGCAAACAAAAGAGCACAUGUCAGAGUUGCCAUGGCUCGGGUGUACAGACCAUCAUGAUGGGUGGAUUCCACAUGCAGACUACGUGUCAGACUUGCGGAGGCGUCGGUACUUCUAUCCCUCACGGCGCAGGUUGUUCCCCUUGCGACGGUGUGGGAAAAGUGCGCGACCGCAAGACAGUUCAGGUCAAUGUUCCCCCAGGUGUCGAUCAAAAUUCACGCAUCAGAGUUUCUGGUGAAGGCGACGCCCCUAUCAAGGGACAGGGAUCCAAUGGCGAUCUAUUUGUUACUCUCAACGUAAUCCCUUCAAAGAUAUUCCACAGAAAGGACUAUGAUCUAUUUGUUGAAGCCAAAUUGCCUUUCUACAAGGCCAUGUUGGGUGGCCAGAUCCGUAUUCCUACUGUCGAUGGCGAUGUAGACCUAAAGAUCCCCUCUGGCUCCCAGCCGGGUGACAAUGUGUCUCUGCGCGGCCGUGGUGUUCAGCGUCUUCGCAGCAAUAUCCGGGGAGACCAGAUCGUGACUCUCAAGGUCGAGCUUCCCCGAUCUCUCAAGGGAAAACAGCGUGAAUUGAUUGAGCAGUACGCUAGUCUUGUAGACGAAGACUAUCGUCCCAAAGAAUCCGUAACACCUACAUCCCCAGAUACUCCUCCCCCUUCUCCCUCUCCCUCUUCUUCUUCUUCUUCUUUUGAAAACGACAACGACGACGACGAUAUCAAAGAAUCGACCAAAGAAACCGAGAAACACAAAGGUUUCCUGAAGAAUGCCUUUGGAAAACUCAAGGACAAAAUCUACCACGAAGACAAGGACAAAAAGGAUAAGGACAACAACACAUCUUCAUAAACGUUGCUUUUCUUUUCUUUUCUUUUGAUUUUUUUUGAUGUUUGAUGUUUGAUUUUGUUAUGUUUUGUUAUGUUAUAUUUUGUAUUCCCCCCCCUUUUCCUCUUCUUUUUACACUUCUUUGUCCAAAAUAGAAUAUUUGUCUCUC